UUCUUGAAUGGCCCUUGUUGGACGGUUUUUCUGAGCCUGAGCCCACCAGUCACGAGGCGGCUCUUUGGAGUUAUUUGGCCAUGUUCUUGCAGUUUCUGCUGAAAGUUUCUGCUUAAAGUCGUGCAAAAACUUAUUUGACAUAUAUAUAUAUACCAUUGGAAGUCUUAAUAGUACCAUUUUCCGUGCACCAUACGGUGGUUGUGGUAGAUACCUUCCCAGCCUUCCCAGCCGAAUGGACAUGUAGGCAUGCAGAAGUUCCGUCCAUGACUGAUCCCCCGCCAGCGUUGUCAGUGACUUCUUUCACUGAAAGUCUGAAAAGUCCCAGAUACCUCAUGAUACCCUCUCAGAAGGUCAGGCUGGGGAUAUAAACCUUUCUCAGGUUGGCUUUGUGUUUCUGCUCGGUCCGAUGUCCGAUGUCGAAACCUGCUCUCCUUUGGAACACCUGAGGUCCGAGGGGAAUGGGAUGCCAUCGCCGCUCUGCAAUCCGGACCACCUGCAAGUGCCGAGCAUGGAGCUGUUCAGCUGCCGUCCCUAGAUGAGCAGGAGAAGAUGCGGCGCGGUGCCUUGUGGGCAGAUGAGGUGGGCUCCUUUGGUCGACGGCAGCGACGUGGACAUUGGCACGAGAACCACCGGGAGACUCUGACCGAUUGGUCGAGACCGACCUUGUCUCUCUCCAAGAUCGAGGAGAACGAGCAGCCAGCAUCCAGCCUUCGACAAACACGCUCAUUGCCGGAGCUUCGCAGUAGCACAAGGAGUGACGAGCUGGAGUCGCUGUUCCCGUCGGCGCCUUUGAACUUUGAGGAGGUCUUGUCGAUGACCAAGGCGAAGGUGGCCGAUACUACCUCCCAGGACCGGGGGGCAAUUGAACGCCUCCGCAUGGAGACACAACGCUUUGGAGAAGCGGCCAUCCAACGCUUCCGGAGCGUGGCGACCGUGAGGGCAGCGGGGAUUGAGGCACAUGAUGAUUACAUGCAAGUCUCGAGCGACAGCAAAGAAUGGUGCGAGCUUUGUCGGAGUCGCCAUUCCUCAUCUUGCACCUUCUGAAGACCUGGCGCCUUCUCGUCGCAGCAGAGAUGUUCGAUCCACUGGAGACGCAUUUUGUUUGUCCCAAUUCAC